UCACAGCUUGUUUGUACUUUGGAGUUUAUGUUUUAAGUUCUCCAAUCAAGUGUGUACAAGCAAAAGUUAACAUUUCUGUGAUUUACUGAUGUGUUGCAUGAUACUCUUCUGAACGUAGUUAAUAUUUGAUCGGACGCCGGAAAAAAAUAGAAAUGAGUGAGGUACCAACACAAGAAUUUAAGUUAGACCCAGACUGCGAACUGAGAUUCGAGGUCGAAAGCAAGAACGAGAAAGUGAACUUGGAGCUGAAAAAUGGUGUUGCCGAAAUUUUUGGUACUGAACUUGUAAAGGGAAAGGCGUAUACUUUCACCACUGGAGCAAAAGUAGCUGUCUUUACUUGGAAAGGGUGUGUUGUGGAGCUGAGAGGCAAAGUUGAUGUGAGCUACAUUGCAAAGGAAACUCCUGUCAUAAUGUAUCUAAAUGCCCAUGCGUGCCUAGAAAAACUGAGAGAAAAAGCAGCAGAAGAGAAUACCCGAGGACCCAUCACUAUGAUAGUUGGACCUACUGAUGUUGGAAAGUCAACACUUUGUCGUUUGCUUCUUAAUUAUGCUGUUCGAAUGGGCAGGAGGCCUGUAUUUGUGGAUCUUGACAUUGGCCAGGGACAGAUAUCUGUGCCUGGAAGUAUAGGUGCUCUUCUUGUGGAAAGACCAGCAUCAGUUGAAGAAGGUUUCUCGCAGCAGGCGCCACUGGUCUACCACUUUGGUCACUGUGGUCCAGCUGCAAAUCUGACUUUAUAUAAUAUACUAGUUACAAGACUGUCUGAAGUUGUCUCUGAGAGGAUGCAGGCAAAUAGAAGAGCAAACGCCUCUGGAGUGAUAAUCAACACAUGUGGUUGGGUUAAAGGCGAUGGUUAUAAACUUCUGACACAUGUUGCCCAAGCAUUUGAAGUAGAUAUUAUUAUUGUGCUGGAUCAAGAACGACUUUAUAAUGAAUUAGUACGUGACAUGCCACCAUUUGUAAAAGUGGUAUUCCUUCCCAAGAGUGGUGGAGUCGUUGAGAGGAGUCAAAGUCAACGUGCUGAAGCGAGGGAUUCCAGAGUCAGAGAAUACUUCUAUGGACUUCGUUCUCCAUUGUAUCCACAUUCUUUUGAUGUGAGAUUCAGUGAACUAAAAAUAUAUAAAAUCGGAGCUCCAGCAUUGCCUGAUUCGUGCAUGCCUUUGGGAAUGAAAGCAGAAGAUAACCAUACAAAGCUAGUUGCAGUAACACCAGGACCUAAUCUGUUGCAUCAUUUGCUUGCUGUUAGCUUCGCUGCCUCUACAGAUGAUGAUGUCAUUCACAGUAAUGUUGCAGGUUUUAUAUGUGUAACAAAUGUUGACAUGGAAAGGCAAAGUUUGACAGUGCUGAGCCCCCAGCCGAGGCCACUUCCAAAGACUUUAUUGCUGUUAUCUGAAGUACAAUUCAUGGACAGCCACUGACAUUAGGUGUUACGAACCAACUGUGGAUGCAGAAUCAUAUGUCACCUAGAGUAAGAGUUCAAAACUACAAAAGCUUGGAGACUAUUAAAGUGGCACAAGGACAGCAAUAAGCAGGCCACAAAUUGUUGAGAAUGGUGGAAAGAAUUGAAGUUAUAAUGAAUGUGAUUAUCAGUAAUUAUGUGGCACUUGAUUUAGCUUUGAGUGAUAAGAUAUCAUUUAGAAGCAAAAUAUGUAUUCAUUUUAUGAAUGAUGCACUACACAUGAGUGGAUCACAGUAUUACCAAGUAGAAUUACAGUAUUUUCCCUCUACCUUGCACUGGCCCACAAUUUUUAUAUUUUUUUGGAGGUCUAUAACAUUGUCACUAACUGUACACAGAGACUAGACCAAUUAGACACAGUUAAAGUGUGAAGAAGGUUCCAUUGUGCAUCAUCUUUUUACUCCAUUAAAAAUAAAAUGCAGCAAAGUAGUUCACUAAUUACAGUCUGUUCAUGCAGAACAACAGUGACACAGAACCAUUUAAUACAAAGCUUUUGUUUGCAUUAAAAAAAAUGUGUGAAUUUUGUCAGUCUCCAUUUUUGUCUCUGAGAUUUACAAAGUGGAUUAAAAAUAAUUUUAUUGAAGAAGGAUAGUUAUGCAAAAAUAAUUUCCAUUUAUAUGGUCUGUUAACUGUUUAAUCCAUUCUUUUACACACAUUUUGCACUCACUCUCCACCUCUCCUCUCCCAAUACCAUUCACUUUAAGAUUCAAAUGGAGUCUUCUAAGUGUGGAACAGUCCACAGAAUUCAUUAUACAAUGUGUCACACUUUGUUUGUUCGAAUAGCACAGUGAUUUUGUUCCUAUUUCAAAGGAAGCAGAAGCCUAAUGUGACUUGUAACACAAUGUACAUUUUGAGGAUGAGUGAUUUAGGUAUAUCUAAGUGUUGUACACUGUAUAUAUUGUUGUAAUUUAUCUGGAUCUAGACUUUUCUAGCAUAUGAUCAUUGACAAACGUUAAAAAAAAAAAAAAAGAGAACAUUUUAUUCUCCUUGGGAAUGAGAGAACAAAACCAGUUUACUUUCCUUACACAGGAGAAAAUGUAAUACUGCUGGUUCAUAUGUGUAUUGGUGUAUUCACUGGUGUUCUUGUGUGGAAAUGUAAUGUAAUAACUAAACUCUGUGUGUCUCAUGCAGGGCUACUAUGUGUCUUGGUACAAAAAUGUAACACUGAGAGAAAUUUUUAUCACUCUGAUAAAUAUAAGAGACAGAGUGUAAUAUGGUGGUAAUUAUGUACAAAGAUUUUAAAAUAAUUUUGUUGUUGUCAUUGAAUAUGUACAUAAAGCUGUUUACACUGUGAUGAAAUUUAUAUUUAUGACUAUCUGUGUAUUUAUAUUUUUGUAAUUAAUUUUGGAAAACAAAUGAAAUAAACACUUAUUUGUUAA